GGCAUGCAGGCCCUCUCAAGGCGACUCCAUCCCUUGCCUUCCUUACACAGAUACUCCGUCCACGCCCCAGCAUAUGCACUUGGUUGUGCUCGACUGCCGACCUCGACCUCCACCCACAUCCUCACUCGACACGCAAGCACCACAAUGUCCUCAACAGGCUGGGAACCCGUCAAGACCUCGGCUGAAUGUGCACCAGCUGCAGGCCCGUACUCAGCAGCUGUCAAAGCCAAUGGCAUGAUCUUUUGCUCUGGCCAGAUCCCCGCUGAUCAAGACGGCAACCUCUGCCAAGGCGAUAUUCAGGCAUGCACAAAGCAAGUCAUCGCAAACCUCGACAAUGUCCUCAAAUCAGCUGGCUCAUCCCUCGAAAAGGUUGUCAAGGUCAACAUCUUCCUCGCCAGCAUGGAUGACUUUGCAAAGAUGAAUGAAGUGUACAGCGCCAUGCUGCCAGACCCAAAGCCUGCACGAUCGUGUGUCGCUGUCAAGACAUUGCCAAAGAACGUGUCUGUUGAGAUUGAAUGCAUUGCAUUGCAGUGAGUCUGCGAUUCAAGACCGCUUGGCGUCAAGUUGACUUCAUAUACCAUGCCGUAGAUGUUGACGAAUCAAGUCAUGCUGAUCGCUUCUCAUCCACGC